CUGAUCGACCUGCAACGGGCGCUGCGCCGGCUGGCCGAUACCGUGCUGCCGGUGGUGGUGAAACUGGAUACCGAGGCGAGUCCUGAUCAGGAUCGCGGGCCGUGGCUGGGGCUGCCGCUGCCGGGGGUUGGGUCCGGGGUGCUGGUGCGCCGCGACGGAGAGCGAUAUUUCGUGCUGACCAACAACCACGUGGUGCAGGCCGCCGAUCGGAUCACCGUGAUCCUGAACGACGAACGCAGCUUUCCCGGGGAGGUCGUCGGGGCCGACGAGCGCAUGGAUCUGGCGAUCGUCGCGCUGCGGACGGCGGACGAUCUGCCGCUGGCGCGGCUCGGCGAUUCGGACAGCGUGCGCGCCGGCGAUCUGGUGCUGGCGGUCGGCAGUCCGUUCGGCCUGGAUGCAACGCUCACGCUCGGCAUCGUCAGCGCGGUCGGCCGUUCCGGCGGCCAGGUUGGCAACAUCAGCGACUUCAUCCAGACCGACGCCACCAUGAACCCCGGCAGCUCCGGCGGCGCGUUGGUGGACAUUUCCGGCCAGGUGGUCGGCAUCAACACGUGGAUCCAGGCGCAGAGGGACCGGUGGGCGGGGGUCGGAUUCGCCCUGCCGAUCAACAACGUCAAACCGGUGAUCGACCAGUUGAUCGAGGUCGGAAGCGUCCGCUACGCCUGGCUGGGGGUGGUGCUCGCCGGUCCGGACAUCGUCGACCAUCUGGCACCCGGACGCUCGGGCGCCGUCCUCUUCGAUCUGUUCGAUGGGGAGCCGGCUCAGCGAGCGGGCUUGCGGGCCCGGGGACGUGGUGUUGGCCGUGGACGGGCGGGAGGUCGCCGACAGCGACGACCUGAUCAGCGCCAUCGUCGCACUUGA